AUGCAGGAGCAAGAAAAGUAUGCAGAGGCCAUCGAAACACUGAAGAAUGACGUGAGAGCUAAGAUAAAUGAUGCCAAAUCUAGCAAGUCGUUGAUUACUCUAAUCGCUACAAUUGAGCGCUUGGGAUUGGGAUAUCAUUUUGAGAUAGAAAUCACUUCUAAACUAGAAAAAAUAUACGAGGAUCUGCACGACAAGCAUGAAGACCACGACUUGUUUACUACUGCACUGGGAUUUCUUCUCUUGAGGCAACAUCAGUAUCAAGUUUCUUGUUGUAUUUUCGAGAAAUUUAAGGAUGGAGAAAACAAAUUCAAAGAUGAUGUAGCUAAUGAUGCAGAGGGAUUGUUGAGUUUGUACGAAGCGGCCCAUGCUCGUAUUCAUGGGGAGGACAUUUUAGACGAGGCUGUUCCGUUUACAACACAUCACUUGAAGCGGAUAUUGGCAACCGAGAAAAGAGCAUCCUCCCUCGAAGAACAAAUUACGCGAGCUUUAGAGCAUCCUUAUUACAGGGGACCUCCAAUCAUUGAGAUACGCGUUUUCAUUUCACUCUACGAAAAGAAUGAUUCGAAGGACCCAUUGCUUCUCAAGCUCGCCAAACUCAAUUUUAAUUUCUUGCAGAAUAUGUACAAGAAAGAGAUGUCCGAACUCACCAAGUGGUGGAUCCAAUUUGACAUUAAGUCGAAAUUGACACACACACGAGACAGAUUGAUCGAAUGCUACCUCUGGGGAACAUCGUUCCAUUACGAACCUCAGUAUGCUUUUAUUCGAACAAUUAUUGCUAAAAACAUUCAAUUGGCUUCGAUAAUGGACGAUACAUAUGACAAUUACGCUACAAUUGAAGAAGCUCAACUCUUCACCGACAUUUUGGAAAGAUGGGAUAUAAAUGAAAUCGGUCUACUCCCAAACUACAUGAAGAUUGCUUAUGAGUUCAUCAUGGGUAUGUAUGAAGACUUUAAGCGCGAGGCAGAAGAACGAGAUAAAUCCUUUGCAGUUCCCGCUUACGUAGAAGCGGUGAAACAGCUUGCUCGAGCUUACAAUCAAGAACUGAUAUGGAUAAUGGAACGUCAAAUGCCCUCUUUUGAAGACUAUAUGAAAAACACGUUGAUCACAGGUUGCAUGUAUGUGAUGUUUUCGGCUGUAAUCCCUGGCCUGAAAUCAGCUACCAAGGAUAUUGUUGAUUGGUUGGGGAGUGAGCCUAAACUCUACAUAUCCACAGCUAAGAUGGGUAGACACCUCGAUAACUUGGGCAGCGAAGAUCGCGAGAAUAGAGAAGGCAAGCUGCUCACGGCGGUUGAUUACUACAUAAAGGAGCACGGUGUCUCGAGAAAAGAGGCUUUGUCGAAAUUCAAAGAGUUUGUGGAGAAUGAGUGGAAGAGCAUGAACACAGAGUGGGUCGCCGAAAGCUCGGUGCCAAAGGAAAUGGCUGUGCAGUUCAUUAACUAUGGACGAAUAUCCGAGGUGACCUACAAGAACUCGAUAGACCAUUUUACGUUCCCUGAGAAGUUCUUCACUCCGAUCAUUACCGCCAUAUUUGUUGACCCCAUUGCCAUUUGA